CGCCGACUCCUCGAGGACAACGUCGACUCAAACCUCACUGUGAAAUCGUGAGAGCAUGCCAUCAAAUCCAAUGAGAUAACGACCAGCGUUCCUUCGCCAUGGCACACCCGAGCCGCGAUGUCUCCCUCCUUUCCCCAACGCACUACGACGACGAUGCGUCGAGCAUCCACAGCGAACGCAGCGACCAGGACACCGAUAGCGAGGACGACGAGGUGCUGAUGGGCGCGCGCACGAGCGCCGAUAUCAGGGCGCAUGAUCGGAAUGUGUUGCUAGAGGAGGAGGAGAGGGAUAGGCUGCUCGAGGAGAGUCGGGGGCGGGGGAGACGGGGCAGCGCGUUGGCUAAUGUUGCGGCACCAUUGAAGAAGUUGUUUGCGAAGAGCACGACAGAUUUGAGCAUAGGGUCUGGAUCUGGAUCUGUGGAAUUAGGGACGGAGGGGAUGGGGAGUGGGAUAAGGGAGAAGAGGAAGAGAAGGAGGGAUAGGAGGAGGCAGAGGAAAGAGAGGUUGGUGAGUGAGGCGUCGAUUGGAGAGGAUGGACAUUUGAUGUAUGAGAUGGAGGAGGGUGGGAUGAAGGAUGGGAGCUCGACGGGAUCUAGCAGUGAGACUGAAGGUAGUGACGAACUCGAUCGACGCGGAUUGAAGGGAUUACACGAUGACAAGGCGGCACGGAGACGAAGGUGGAGGAGAUGGUGCUUCAUACACGUCUUGAUUGCCGUGGGGUUCUCGAUACUGGUGCUUCUUUCCUGGAAGCUGUCGCUCAACCGGAAAAGGGUCGCUAUCAAACAGCAAACUAUGAUGAGCAAUGGGACGGCACUGUUUGCGCCAACGACGAUAUUGAUAAGUUUGGAUGGGUUCAGAGCAGAUUUUCUGAACAGGGGCAUCACGCCGAGAUUGAACGCAUUCAUUGCUGAAGGCGUUUCGCCAGUAUAUAUGCUUCCAAGCUUCCCUUCCGUCACAUUUCCGAAUCAUCAUACUAUUUCAACUGGACUAUACCCGGAAUCCCAUGGCGUAGUUGGGAAUACUUUUUGGGACGAAGAACUACAGGAGGAAUUCUUCUACACCCAUCCGAAUUCGAUGGACCCGAAAUGGUGGGGCGGCGAGCCAAUAUGGGUGACGGCGGAGACCCAAGGCAUUCGGAGUGCUAUUCAUAUGUGGCCCGGCAGCGAAGCACACAUCAUGGGUGUUGAACCUGCGUUCAUUGACAGUUACAACGGCAAAGAACCUCUGCCGAACAAAGUCACGCGUAUCCUCGAAUUGCUCGAUAAGCCGGGCCAAGAAAACAAGCUGGCGGAAGUGGGAGAUAUGCGACCUCAGCUGAUUGCUGCUUACGUUCCAAAUGUCGACACUGAUGGACACAAAUACGGUCCGAACAGCACCGAGAUCAGGGCCACCAUUGCCGGUGUUGACGCUCUGCUGGACGGCGUCUUCAAAGGACUUGAAGAGCGAAACCUGACUCAAAUUGUCAAUGUGGUAGUCGUCUCGGACCACGGCAUGGCAACUACAGACACAAGUCGAGUGAUCCAACUGGAGGAUAUUCUCGACACCAAUUUGAUUGAGCAUAUGGAUGGAUGGCCACUUUUUGGCCUGCGGCCCAAGAACCCUGCCGAUCUUCAAUCUCUCUACGACACACUCGCCGCAGAGGCAGCUGUGAACCCAGGCUUUGAGGUCUACCUUCGAGACAAGAAUAUGCCAGAGCGAUACCACUUCUCGAAGAACGAGCGAAUUGCGCCACUCUGGAUGAUUCCAAAAACAGGAUGGGCUAUCGUCACGAAGAAAGACUUCGAUGUCGCCGAUGCCAAAGCAAAAGGAACUAUUUACCAUCCUCGUGGUCUCCAUGGAUACGAUCACGAGCAUCCAUUGAUGAGAGCUAUCUUUGUGGCAAGAGGUCCGGCGUUCCCCCAUCCCCCGAACAGCCGGGUUGAGCCUUUCCAAAACACCGAAGUUUACAACAUUCUCUGUGAUUCUCUCGGCCUAGAGCCAAGACCAAACAACGGCACCCUCCGCUUACCCCUCCAACCCAUCGGUUUCCACACCCCAGAAACAAUGCCAGAAGAACCCAGUGAUCCCGUCCCCGUAUCCGUUCCAACUCCACCUUCGCCUCCCUCCUCACCUCUCCCUCCAUCUCCACCUUCGCCACCAUCUCCCAUCUCCGCCGGCGUCGACGGAGUAAUCUCCAUCUCCCCCAUCGAGGCCUCCUCAGCCGCAGACCCAAACGAAGUCCCACCUCAGAUGAUCGGCGUCAAUCCAACCGACGACGCAUCCGUUGACAGACCGGUCGUCUCUGAUGAGAGCAGCAUGACCGAAGAUGAGAAGGAUUUCUGGGAGUGGUUUAAGGAUAAGUUGGAUAAAGCGAAGGGGUGGUUGGCUGGGUUGACUGGGGGGAAGAAAGAGGGUGAGAAGGAGGGCGAGAAGUGAAAUGUGUAUCAUAUCCAUGCUGGCAGUUUUUGGGAGUGUAUAUACGGUUUUGGGAUAGGGCAAGAUUCAUUGCAGGUGUUGGGCGUUCGAUUACCACAGGAGCCAGCGGCUGAUGAGUUUCUAUUUUCGUCUCUAGGGUUAUAUACCUGUAUGUUUGGUGCUAUUAACCUAUGGCUUGACUCACUUUCUGAUGUGGAAGCGUUUGGGG